CGAUGCAAGAAUGCCAAAUUUCAAUCGAUCCCAACAAUUCACACUACAGGAGAGAAUGGUGCUGAUUGGUUGACGAGCCGACUGAUUGGUGUCGCCACGCGCUCCCGGAUAAAUCAAAAAGCCGCAGGACAUAACACGUGAAGGGCCGCAAGAGAGCAAUGGCAGACAAUGACGAAGAAGAGGUGGGUCUCAAAGAGUUAGCUUGUCGUUGGGAAUGGGAAGCGGAUGACGGCUCCUGGAAUGUUUACUCGGCUGAGCAUGAGCAGGAGCUUUCAGAGGCUUUGCGGUCCAGGAAUACCUCCGUUCAGCUGUCUCUUCCUUCGGAGGUCACCCUGCGAGUGGAUUUGAAGAAAAUGGUCCAGAAGAACAGCCAGACAGGCUUCGAGAGAAGCGUGCGCUACGCCGUGAAAGAGAAGGAGGACUAUUUUGUGUGGCAGUGGCAGGGUGACGAUACCGCCUGGCACCCAUACAGCGCCGCGCUGUGUGCCGAACUGGAGCAGGCGAGGCGGCAGGGGCAGAGGACCGUGGACCAGUCUGUUGGACGGGUCCGCUACCAACUGGAUGUCGGAAGGAUGAGGCAGGUCAACAGCAAGACCAAGUACGAGCGCAAGAUGAGCCGCCUUCAAUCAGACGCGGCCGACCCAGCGAUCCCGAGCGGCGGCCCACAGCCCUCAGACGGAGCGUCCUGCUCGGCCAUGGGUUCGGUCGCCACCAAGAGGGCGCGUCGGGAGCAUCCGGAGGAGGAGGACGGCGGCGUUCGGCAGGCAGGAGGCGACAGCCAGGGAACGGUGAAGACGGUGGUCGUCAAGGGGAAGGCGGCCGUGGACUCCGAGUGCCAAGAGAAGACGGGCAAGGUAUAUCCCGUGGCGGCGUGGUCCAGGCCCGGACGAGGACAGCGAGAGGGCCUGAGCUACGCUUACAAAGCUGUUGGGAAGGUCGGACAACACAACCUGAUUUCGUGUGGAAGUGAUCUGAACAAAGCCAAGGAAAUCUUCGAAAAGAAGUUCCUGGAUAAGACUAAGAACAGCUGGUCAAACCGAGCGUGUUUCGAGAAGGUCGCUGGGAAGUAUGACCUGUUGAGUCGGGAUUACAGUGGAGAUGCCCCUCCAGACGAGAGUGCGAAGGUUGGACAGGUGGAAAAGGCCCCCAAGGUGGAGUCAAAGCUGGACCAUCGAGUACAGAAGCUGAUUGAGUUGAUUUGUAACAUACAGGCCAUGGAGGAGAUGGUUGUACAGAUGAAAUAUGAUACCAAGAAAGCUCCGCUAGGUAAACUGACGACGGCUCAGAUUAAAGCUGGCUACAUCUCCCUUCAGAAGAUUGAGGACUGUAUUAACCGGAAUGUGAGCGGGAAGGCCCUGGUAGAGGCCUGCAAUGAGUUCUAUACCAGGAUACCGCACGACUUCGGGCUGAAGACACCCCCUUUGAUCAGAACCAAGAAGGAACUACAGGAGAAAGUGGGACUUCUGGAGGCACUAAGUGACAUCGAGAUCGCCAUCAAGUUGGUGGGCUCGAAGACAGAGAGUACGGAGAACCCACUGGACCGACACUAUCACUCCCUGCAGUGUAACCUUCAGCCCCUGGAUCACACAACCACAGAAUUCAAGCUGAUUGAGAAGAGCCUGCAGAGCACACACGCAGACACGCACAACGACUACACCAUGAAACUACUGGAUGUCUAUGAAGUGGAGAGGAUGGAGGAGGGUGACAUGCUCCGCACUGACCUGGGAAACAGGUGGGUUGUGUACCCAGUGGGACAGCAAUUACCAACAUAG